AUCAGUGAGCACGGCCCUGCUCCCCUCUGCUGUUUCUGAGCGGCUGGGGUAGAGGUGCUGACGUUUGCGCCGCGCACGACUAUGUCCGCCAUGUUAGUGUCUGACGCAGGCGCCAUUACAGGAGCCGUCUCUCUUGAGGCGACCGUGUCCGCUUAAGUUGUCAGUCCCCAGCAGUGUUUGGGAGCCUUAAGAGGCUUGCUAAGCGCCUGAGAUUAAAAGCCAAGAGGAAGAAGAGCAAGAAGGGCAACCCAGUGUUUAACACACGGCUUUCAGGCGCUCUCAGGUGGCGCCAAGUUCAGUUUCGACGGGGAUAUGCAUCCGGGAGAGAAUUUUUCAGCCCCCGCCCCCACUGGCAUGUGAGAGGAAGAACUCGCUGUUGCCCUGUGUCUUCCCCAACAGAACAAUGGCAGCCCGAGUACUUAUAAUUGGCAGUGGAGGAAGGGAACAUACGCUGGCCUGGAAACUUGCACAGUCUCAUCAUGUCAAACAAGUGUUGGUUGCCCCAGGAAACGCAGGCACUGCCUGCUCUGAAAAGAUUUCAAAUACCGCCAUCUCAAUCAGUGACCACACUGCCCUUGCUCAAUUCUGCAAAGAGAAGAAAAUUGAAUUUGUAGUUGUUGGACCAGAAGCACCUCUGGCUGCUGGGAUUGUUGGGAACCUGAUGUCUGCAGGAGUGCGAUGCUUUGGCCCAACAGCAGAAGCGGCUCAGUUAGAGUCCAGCAAAAGGUUUGCCAAAGAGUUUAUGAACAGACAUGGAAUCCCAACUGCACAAUGGAAGGCUUUCACCAAACCUGAAGAAGCCUGCAGCUUCAUUUUGAGUGCAGACUUCCCCGCUUUGGUUGUGAAGGCCAGUGGUCUUGCAGCUGGAAAAGGGGUGAUUGUUGCAAAGAGCAAAGAAGAGGCCUGCAAAGCUGUACAAGAGAUCAUGCAGGAGAAAGCCUUUGGGGCAGCUGGAGAAACAAUUGUCAUUGAAGAACUUCUUGACGGAGAAGAGGUGUCGUGUCUGUGUUUCACUGAUGGCAAGACUGUGGCCCCCAUGCCCCCAGCACAGGACCAUAAGCGAUUACUGGAGGGAGAUGGUGGCCCUAACACAGGGGGAAUGGGAGCCUAUUGUCCAGCCCCUCAGGUUUCUAAUGAUCUAUUACUAAAAAUUAAAGAUACUGUUCUUCAGAGGACAGUGGAUGGCAUGCAGCAAGAGGGUACUCCAUAUACAGGUAUUCUCUAUGCUGGAAUAAUGCUGACCAAGGAUGGCCCAAAAGUUCUAGAGUUUAAUUGCCGUUUUGGUGAUCCAGAGUGCCAAGUAAUCCUCCCACUUCUUAAAAGUGAUCUUUAUGAAGUGAUUCAGUCCACCUUAGAUGGACUGCUCUGCACAUCUCUGCCUGUUUGGCUAGAAAACCACACCGCCCUAACUGUUGUCAUGGCAAGUAAAGGUUAUCCUGGAGACUACACCAAGGGUGUAGAGAUAACAGGGUUUCCUGAGGCUCAAGCUCUAGGACUGGAGGUGUUCCAUGCAGGCACUGCCCUCAAAAAUGGCAAAGUAGUAACUCAUGGGGGUAGAGUUCUUGCAGUCACAGCCAUCCGGGAAAAUCUCGUAUCAGCCCUUGAGGAAGCCAAGAAAGGACUAGCUGCUAUAAAGUUUGAGGGAGCAAUUUAUAGGAAAGACAUCGGCUUUCGUGCCAUAGCUUUCCUCCAGCAGCCCAGGAGUUUGACUUACAAGGAAUCUGGAGUAGAUAUCGCAGCUGGAAAUAUGCUGGUCAAGAAAAUUCAGCCUUUAGCAAAAGCCACUUCCAGAUCAGGCUGUAAAGUUGAUCUUGGAGGUUUUGCUGGUCUUUUUGAUUUAAAAGCAGCUGGUUUCAAAGAUCCCCUUCUGGCCUCUGGAACAGAUGGCGUUGGAACUAAACUAAAGAUUGCCCAGCUGUGCAAUAAACAUGAUACCAUUGGUCAAGAUUUGGUAGCAAUGUGUGUUAAUGAUAUUCUGGCACAAGGAGCAGAGCCCCUCUUCUUCCUUGAUUACUUUUCCUGUGGAAAACUUGACCUCAGUGUAACUGAAGCUGUUGUUGCUGGAAUUGCUAAAGCUUGUGGAAAAGCUGGAUGUGCUCUCCUUGGAGGUGAAACAGCAGAAAUGCCUGACAUGUAUCCCCCUGGAGAGUAUGACCUAGCUGGGUUUGCCGUUGGUGCCAUGGAGCGAGAUCAGAAACUCCCUCACCUGGAAAGAAUCACUGAGGGUGAUGUUGUUGUUGGAAUAGCUUCAUCUGGUCUUCAUAGCAAUGGAUUUAGCCUUGUGAGGAAAAUCGUGGCAAAAUCUUCCCUCCAGUACUCCUCUCCAGCACCUGAUGGUUGUGGUGACCAGACUUUAGGGGACUUACUUCUCACGCCUACCAGAAUCUACAGCCAUUCACUGUUACCUGUCCUACGUUCAGGACAUGUCAAAGCCUUUGCCCAUAUUACUGGUGGAGGAUUACUAGAGAACAUCCCCAGAGUCCUCCCUGAGAAACUUGGGGUAGAUUUAGAUGCCCAGACCUGGAGGAUCCCCAGGGUCUUCUCAUGGUUACAGCAGGAAGGACACCUCUCUGAGGAAGAGAUGGCCAGAACAUUUAACUGUGGGGUUGGCGCUGUCCUUGUGGUAUCAAAGGAGCAGACAGAGCAGAUUCUGAGGGAUAUCCAGCAGCACAAGGAAGAAGCCUGGUUGAUUGGCAGUGUGGUUGCACGAGCUGAAGGUUCCCCACGUGUGAAAGUCAAGAAUCUGAUUGAAAGCAUGCAAAUAAAUGGGUCAGUGUUGAAGAAUGGCUCCAUGACAAAUCAUUUCUCUUUUGGAAAAAAAAAGGCCAGAGUGGCUGUCUUAAUAUCUGGAACAGGAUCGAACCUGCAAGCACUCAUAGACAGUACUCGGGAACCAAAUAGCUCUGCACAAAUUGAUAUUGUUAUCUCCAACAAAGCCGCAGUAGCUGGGUUAGAUAAAGCGGAAAGAGCUGGUAUUCCCACUAGAGUAAUUAAUCAUAAACUGUAUAAAAAUCGUGUAGAAUUUGACAGUGCAAUUGACUUAGUCCUUGAAGAGUUCUCCAUAGACAUAGUCUGUCUUGCAGGAUUCAUGAGAAUUCUUUCUGGCCCCUUUGUCCAAAAGUGGAAUGGAAAAAUGCUCAAUAUCCACCCAUCCUUGCUCCCUUCUUUUAAGGGUUCGAAUGCCCAUGAGCAAGCCCUGGAAACCGGAGUCACAGUUACUGGGUGCACUGUACACUUUGUAGCUGAAGAUGUGGAUGCUGGACAAAUUAUUUUGCAAGAAGCUGUUCCCGUGAAGAGGGGUGAUACUGUCGCAACUCUUUCUGAAAGAGUAAAAUUAGCAGAACAUAAAAUAUUUCCUGCAGCCCUUCAGCUGGUGGCCAGUGGAACUGUACAGCUUGGAGAAAAUGGCAAGAUCUGUUGGGUUAAAGAGGAAUGAAGCCCUUUAAUUCAGAAAUGGGGUCAGUUUAGAAAGAAUUAUUUGCUGUUUGCAUGGUGGUUUUUUUAUCAUGGACUUGGCCCAAAAGAAAAACUGCUAAAAGACAAAAAAGACCUCACCCUUACUUCAUCUAUUUUUUUAAUAAAUAGAGACUCACUAAAAACAA